AUGAUGCACGACGUCCCAAUUCACGGCCGCGGCUUCAUCCACGACAAAAUAAAGCAGAUGAUCAUAAUCAGCAAGGAGCCGGUGAUAGUGACGUUGAUCUCACCUGAGGGGCAGGAGUCCCCUAUCUCUUCGAGGUUUGGGAUGUCGACGUACGACGAGCAGAUCACGCACCGGAGCAACAUUCCGAAGGCCAAGACGGCGAUCAUCUCGUGGUUGUCAAUCGACAUGGACAAGGACACCAUGGAGAGUUUGGACCGUGCGGUGAUGAUAAUUUUUAUCACCAUGUUUCUGCCCGGGAUGACGAUCUUGGAGUUCUCGGCCUCACUGCAGACUACCGUCUUGGCGAAACUAGUCAGCACGAUGGGGAGGCUGUCGCCGUUAGCGAACAUCGUGGCCUCGCACUUGAUCGACUGGGAGCACAACGCCUGUAUCACCAUCUCCAUCCCCAGGUCGUCGAGCCUGAUAGGCCUCAUCAAGAUCCCGCUGGAGACGGAGAUCACCAUGACCAUCUUAGAGUCGAAGAUGUGCACGGUUUACAUGCCGGGCUCGCACUACUGGGACCACUUCCUCCCCACCGCGAGCACGUCGGACUGGUUCAUCCUGAAUGUGUACCCCAGACACCACCCGGUCCAGUCUUCGAAACCCGAGAUCGAGGUUUCCAUCUGCGAGAGCAUAUCGAUGGCGAUCUGGAUCGUUCUCGAUGUCAUCACCCGCAUCGACACCGUGCAAUCGGAGUCCAGGAAGUUCCUGUUCGAGGACUUCGACUUCUGGACGUCCAAGUGGCAGAACUUAUCGUCGCUCCUCACGCCAAUUGCCGAGACGAGUGCGUUGGUCUCGAUCAAGCCAGAGGUGGCGUAUGAGCAUGAGAUUGUCUCCAUGGGCUAG